UAAGAAAACGUUGUGUGUGUUCACUUCCCUCUUUCUGAUAUUUUUUCUUUUCUUUAAACGGUCUGAAACCCAAAGAAUCCAAAAUUGAAAAAUUCAGAACCCUAGUAGGAGAAUCUUUUUGUUUCUUGGAAAAUCAAAAAGGGGGAAAAAAAAAUUGUCUACGUCGAUUAGAGAUUAGCCGCGAGUUUUUUCAGAAACGAUGUCUGGAUCAUUGAUUCCGGGACCGAAUCCGGAUCGGGUUUUAUCUCCGACGACCUCGAAAUCGGUGACGCAGACGGUGAACGGGUCGCAUCAAUUCGUGAUACAAGGUUACAGCUUAGCGAAAGGGAUGGGUGUAGGGAAGCACAUAGCGAGUGAUAAUUUCUCCGUGGGAGGGUACCAGUGGGGGAUCUUCUUCUACCCGGAUGGUAAGAAUCCGGAGGAUAACUCGUCGUACGUCUCUGUUUUUAUCGCGUUGGCGAGUGAAGGUACGGAAGUUAGGGCGCUUUUUGAGCUUGCUCUUGUUGACCAAAGCGGAAAAGGGAAGCAUAAGGUUCAUAGCCAUUUCGAAAGGUCACUUGAUGGUGGGCCUUAUACUCUCAAAUACAGAGGAAGCAUGUGGUACGGUUUUCUUUUUUCACCUGCUUUGCUACAUUUCAUGUAUAAAGAUUCUCUUCCAGAAGAUGUUGAGCCUGCGACAACCUAUACAUUUGAGCGCUUAAAGCUGACAGAAAUAUACGAGACAUUGAUCGUAAAGCUUUUAGCAGCAGCGGACAAGUACGACCUGAAUAGGCUCAGGUUGUUGUGUGAAGCUCACAUCUGCAAGGGCGUAUCAGUCAAAUCUGUCGCCAAGAUCUUAGCGUUGGCCGACAGAUAUAAUGCUAAGGAACUAAAAGGCGUGUGCCUAACAUUUACUGCGGAGAACUUAGCAGCUGUCCUGGAGACAGACGCUUACAAACAGAUGAAGGAUGAAUGUGUGACCCUCCAGUCCGAGCUUCUGAAGGCGGUGGCUGGUCAGGAGGAAGGCAGUAACAGCACUGGAGGAGCAAAGUCUCAGAGCGUGUGGGCUCAACUUUCUGACGGUGGUGGCGAUACCAGCAGCCGACAUGUUAGACAGAGAACCACUUAGAUCAUCACUAUGCAUUUUCUCAGGUAGUAGCCAUAGAGAGGGUAUAUAGCUGUUUUCUUUUUCUGUAUUCAAAAAAAAUAUAUAUAUAUAUGAUCCUAAGUCCUAACUCUAUGAUAGGUGGUAAACUCUAUGAUAGGUGGUAAACUCUUUCACUUUUUUCCUUCAGUAACAGCUUUGGAUGUAUCUUUUCGUGUUAAAUGUAUUUUAAAAUCCCAUAACAGUUUGAAAAUCCCAGAACUUGUAGUUGUUUC